AUGCCGGCCAUAUACCUGCAGACUGGCGAUGGGACGAGGAUCGCGGUGCCGGAGGGGGCCGAGGAGCUCUCCAUGGUUGUGCGCCGCGCACUAGACAUCUGGGCGGAAAGCCACUGUCCGCCCACCACACAAACAGAGGAGGAUGGCGAUAAUAUUUGCACGAGCAGCGGAAUCGACUCCGAGCGCACCCCCGACCGCAUUCUCGACGACGACGACGACGACGACGAGGAGGAAGAGGAGGAUCAGUCGACCGACACCCACAGCGCGCGGAGGAGUCGCGACAAUGACACGACGGUAUACAAAGACAGCCGCGAGUACGAGGGCGAGAGGCUGCGGGGGCCGAACUUAGGGCCCUUCGACGAGCUGGACCCCCUGGCGGGCUUCUUAGACGCCUAUUACGACGACGACGACGACGACGACGAGAGGGAGGAGGAGGGCGGAAACGACGAUGAGCGUAGCAGCAGCCGCACGCCGUCGGUGUGUCGCUCGCUGGAGUCGCCGUCGCCGUCGCCGGCGCCGUCGCCGAUGCGGGGGCAGCGCAAAACCCCGCGGCGCGGUGGCAGGUCGAAGUGUAAUAGUCACGACGGCAGCAACGCCGGUGGCAGCCUGGACGUUAACGAUAAUGGUGGGAGACUGGGGGAGCUGCUGCAGCCGUGUGCCUCUCGCGGGGAUGCCUGCAAGGAGGAUAGUGAGACGCCGAGCACACUCGGGGACGAGGCGGAGGAGGAAAUGGCGCCGUCACCAGGCACAGUAGGCGGCGUGCAGCAGCGCUCCGUUAGCCUCGAUGCCCCGCCGGUGCCGGAGACCAACGUGCCCUGCGCGUACGCCCACCCACUGUCGCCGGGCACCUUGGCGGCCCCCGCACCGAAGGCAACGCCGACAUCGUCGAGCAGCUCCCGCGGAAGCGACGGCAACAACAACAACGGGAAGUUUGUCCACCCCGAAUCAGACUCACCGCCGGCCGCGACGAUGGUGGUGGUCAGCCGAGGUGGGGCCACGACAGUCCGUGUGGCGCCCCCCUCCGCGGUUGGGGAGGAAGGGGGGGAGGGGUAUCACAGUUCUGGCGUCCCCGCUUCUCUCUCACCACGCAGCCUCACAAACGAGGAGAUGGUCUCUCCCUCGUGCUUCCACCAACGGACCCCGUGCAUGGUUGGCGACGACGACGAGGGCCUGCUUCUCAUGGAGGGCAACUUCUCCUUUGGUGAGGAGGUGGUGAUGCUUAAUAGAAGCAAAGCGCUUGCGUCCCCAGGGAAUAAUAGUAGCCACAGGCACAAUAACAAUAGUGCGGGGACGCCCCGCAUCGUGGAGGCGUCGCCGAGGAGUCCGGUGGCUAGUCAUAGAUUAACAGAAACGACCACCAGCAACCCACGUGCACGGUCAACAGCCCACAGCAGCAGUUUGGGGUCCUCCAACCAAAAUGUGGCUGCCUGGAGUGGCGUGGUUCCCUUGACGGAGGGUUUGGUGGCAGGCCAGCUGCACCAGUGCUUCGUCAUCUCUGCGGAGGAGAUCGUCAUUGAGGCGCACAAGCAUCUGCUGCCUGCCAUCACCACAACCCCGGCCACCGAGCAGGAAGUGCAGAGUCGUGGGCUGGCGUCGCAGUCGUUCUCGCAUAAUUUUCUGCUGAGAGACCAAUUCAUGUGCGCAACACCCGCGCUUGCGGCGACAGUGCUGCCAACUAGCGCGCAGAACCAACUGGAAUCGGUAACCGCGACACCGGCACCCGCCGCGGAGGGCAGGGUUGGGGCGAGUGAGGACAGUAACGCUGGGCGCCCGACCAUUCCCCGGGAGGCAUGGCGCCUCUGUAUGUCGUACCUGCGUUACUUUACUAGUGACGCAGGGUCGAUGCAGAGACCGCAUCCAACGAUAGUCCCCGAGCCGCUUAGUGCUCCACUAGUUCGCUUCUUGACUUUGUGGGAACGUGGCUUUCUCUACGGUGAUAUUCUAGGCCAGACUGAGGAAGAGACGGCCCUGGCGCUGAAAAUCCUUCGUCUCGCCCCCACCAUGAGCUACACGUCUGCGGCGCCCUUUUUACGAAAACCAGAUGUCUGCGCCGCGCUGCUGGUGAAGGCGCCUGCCCCCGACCGGGUCGGCCUGCUCGCCGACGUCACCCGCGCCGCGGGGAUGCUGGAGAUACCAUCGCUGGAGAACCUCUGCCUGGCGUGGUGCGCGGAUUACAUCAUACGCGCAAGCUACGCGUCGAUGAACUGCUUCGAAGCCGCCGCGCUGCUGCGUCAGUGCUUCAGCGUGCGGAGUGACUGGACACGGAAGGAGAUGGAGUGCCUGAGUCUGGAGAACGAGUGGCCCAGCAACGAGGAGGAGUAG